AUGGGCAAGCGGCACAAGGCUGAUGAUCCCAGUGACAUAAUUGCUGGGAAGCACAAGCGGACCAUCAGUGAUAGGGCCAAGGCUGUGGUAAACAAGGUCAAAAAUGUUGUUCGUCGCAAAUCGAGUAAGAAGGAUGCUGACAAUACCAUGGAUAUGAGCUCUGUGAGUUCAGAUGCACCUUUGACCUCCAUCAGACCUGCAAAAAAAGCCCACAAAGUCACUGUGCAGUCUGAGGAAGAAGACAAUGAAGCACUGGCUUCCCAAGGUGUCACUGACAUUGUGGAAGUCACUGUCGAUGGUCACGUCAGAAGCUCCCACUCGCUCAGUCGACAGCCAUCUCAGGCAUCUGCACACUCAUCUACUUCGAGCACACCUUCGGGUCCCGAGCUUGAAGAGGUGUCACAGGAAGAACUUGAUCAAAAGCAACUUGAACAAAUGAAAAAAGGUUGGAAUACUGCUGUAUAUGCAUUCUAUGAUCCUGAUCCAGCCAUCAAGUAUAAUAGUGAUGGCCGGAAAUGUCACAUCUUUCGUUGCACAGGAAGGGGUUGUACACAGCUGAUCAAGAGGCACUUCAAGAAGUGCUGGGGGGAGGACAUCCUAAGUGCUGCUGAGGAUGCCAAAGAUCCCAAGGUCUGGACAAAGGUUCUUCGUGACUAUCGACUAAAUGGAUCAAUCACCACUGCAUUUGAAAGGAAAGGAAAAGGAAAGGUUACUUACUCACACCAGACCCACAUGCGGACUGAGACUAGGGUGGAGAUUGUCCGAUGGGUGAGUGAAAGCAACCACCCAUUUGCGAUCGUGAAAGAUCGAGGCUUCCAGUCCCUUAUGAAAACUGGCCAGCCUAAUCACUACAUUCUGCACCCAACGACGGUAUCACGCGACAUAAAGAAAGUCUUUGCAAGGUCUAGAAGAUGGAUUGCAAAAAUGUUACAGGAAUAUGACAGGGCUCUGAACUAUGCCACCAACACAUGGACAUCACCCAACCACUGA